AUGCUACUGGAAGCCACACCAGAAACAGGCUCAGUCAACUGUGGGCCGCAAAGAGGCCUCUAUCCUGAGGGAACCUCUCGCCUCAACCGACGGCUGCGGCCCCGCCCUUCGCCCGUGAAGCCUGGCUUCGAAGCGGGCGUUGGGCUUCCUUUUGCCCGCCGAUAGACCUCUGGGUCGGGCCUCAUUCCCAACUCCAGCCCCCGGCGCCUCAGUUUUCCCUCCCUCGCUUCAAAAUGGAGGGCCUGAAACGAUGAACUCGGAGGAGGGGAACCAUAAUGGCUUGUUUUUAAGGGGGCGCUUGCUAAACAUCUCAGAUAGGGGCGCUGGCCACCUCUAAGUCCCCCAAAUUGGACCCAGGGAGACUCUAUACCCCAUUGCAGGGUAAUAAGAACCACAAUACUACUAGUAGUAGUACUACUAGAACAAUACUACUAGUAGUAUGCUAAGUACUACUAGAACAAUAUAGAGGUUAUGAGAAGGUGAGCUGUGACUGCCCUGCAUGGAGCUUUGUAAAAAAGCCUGGAAAAUCAUUGGACACGCUGGCACACAAUGGAGAAAUCACCCCCGAAGGACAAAAAACACCGUAGUGUAUUUAAGCAUGACUCCAAACCUGUUGAACAAAAACCAGACUGUAGUAAGCAAGCCCGGAAAAAGAGAGUAAGUGACAAAACAGUGGUCACCGGAGGCGCUGGGUAUUUUGGCUUUACGCUCGGCCGCGCUCUUGCCAAAUCGGGAACAGAAGUAAUUCUCUAUGACAGAAAGACACCUCUAUGGGAAAUUCCAAAAGGAGUAGAACUUGUACAGGCUGAUGUGAGAAACUUCAAUGACUUAUAUGAUGCAUGUGAAGGGGUAGACUGUGUCAUUCAUGCAGCUGCGUAUGGAAUGUCAGGAUCAGAACAAUUACACAAGAAAGAAAUUCAGUCUGUCAACAUUGAAGGAACCGGAGUCGUUCUUGAAGUCUGCAAACAACGAAACAUCCCCAGAUUGAUAUACACCAGCUCAGUCAAUGUGGUAUUUGCAGGGCAAACCAUUAUAGAUGGUGAUGAGGCAAGCUUGACAUACUUUCCUAUAGAUCAGCAAGUUAAUGAAUAUUCCAGAACCAAGUCCAUUGCAGAACAGAUGAUACUAGCAGCUAAUGGAUCACCACUAGCAGGAGGUGGUAAACUCUACACAUGUGCUCUUCGGUCACCAGGCAUCUAUGGGCCAGAAGAACAAAGACAUUUGCCCCGAUUAGCGCUGAAUAUUGAGAGAGGUCUGUUUGCUGUUAGAUUUGGGGAUCCUGGAGCCUUAAUGAACUGGGUCCACGUCAAGAAUCUUGUACAAGCUCAUAUCCUUGCUGCUGAGGCUCUCACUCUGGAGAAAAAUUACAUAGCUGGUGGACAGGCCUAUUUUAUCCAUGAUAAUGAGAAAGUGAACCUUUUUGAAUGGUUAUCUCCACUGUUUGAAGGACUGGGCGUUAGGAAACCAUGGAUACGUAUUCCUGUUUUUCUGGUUCGUAUUUCAGCUAUCUUCAUGGAAAAUUUGCACUAUGUGUUAUGCCCAAUUGUUGAAAUCACACCUCCCAUCACCAGACAUGAGGUGCUCAAUGUGUCUUGCAUGCACACGUUCAAAAUAAAUAAAGCCCGCGCACACCUGGGCUACUCCCCAAAGAAGUACACGUUCGCUGACUGCGUGGAUCAUUAUUUGAAACAAAACCCAAAGAAGAGGAAUUUUUUCUUACUGAAGUGCUUCCUUUGGACUGUUUUCCUGAUCGGCUUGGUUAUUGUGCUUAUUAAUUUCCCAGAGAUUGUAAAGUUUCUCUGGGAGAUAUGGGAAUCCUACGUGGGUAUUCUGCAAUAGUCCAGCGGCCAUUAGCCUUGGCGCAGUGUCGGGUCAGAACAUUGUUCUCAGAUCAGCUUUUGUGGCACGGUUCCUUUGCUCCAUGGCCUUAAGCAAGCAGCAACAUUUAGGGAGAUGAGCAAAGUUAAGAGGCAAUGGUCCUAAGUUGGCUAAGGAACAGAAGACCUGCAGAAAACUGCCAACCAUGCAAGUGCACAACUUGGAGAACUUUGGGCUUUGGUGCUUAUAUUAUGUCAAGCGUCCUCCUUCAGUCAGUUCUUUGGUGUUUUUGUCAAACUAGAAGAAGGGAGCAAUGAGAGGAUACUUUAAAGUGAGCCCAAAAAAGUGCUGCGUUCAAACACCUACACAGACAUGUCAACUGUCCCUGAAUGUAUGAUGAGAAGUGGAACGAUGAAGUGAUAAAGAGGUCCUGGAGAACAACAUUGGCAGCCCCUAUGGAACCGUGACACAACACCUCACCAGUUUACUUUGUGGCAAGGGUGUCAACAUACACAAGCUGGAAAUAAAAGCAUGCUCAAAAACCCAA